AUUCACUGGCCUUUCCUUUGAGUUGAUUUCCCUGAGUGAAGUCAUUUUGUAAAUACUAUGGAUACCAAUGUGCUGAAUGUAAGAAUGCUUAGUAGUCUACAUAACAGCAGUCAUAUUUAAAUUCAUGUCAAGUAUCCUCAGUAUUUUUUGUCUGCAUCUAAUGAAAGCCAACGUACGAUCUGUAUCAACAACUUUGCCUUUAAUAAAAUAUUUACAAUAUCCAAUUUUGAAUGUAAGGUAACCAGACAGCAGUAAUUCAAAACCACACAUUCCGUAACAUUGUUACUAGUAGUCCUUAACCUGAAGUGGACUGAAUAGAUUAAUGAAUUGGAAUCGUUAUGAGCAAUACAAUCUGGUUUUGUUUGAUUAUAGUAAAAAUGAUCAUUUAAUGUGUAAUAGCUAUGGAUUACAUCACAUGCUUGAAUCUAUAUUGUGCAAGCUUUUAGAGGUCAAAUCUAGAAACAAAAAAAAUCUAACGUGCUAAAAAAAUGAUGACAUUUUCAAUGUCAACAGUACGAUUAGAGACACAAAACUAUCUGAUUAAAAUAGUUAAUGAUCGAUAAAUAUCCCAGAAUACAAUCAUAUAAAAGAAAUCCAUUCCAUUUUACCAGUCAUUGAUGUUAUCCCUGCUACCUGUUACCAGACCACAGUAUUAUAUGACAAAAAAGGCACAGGGUGUCUCUGCCUGGUACAUUGAUGGUAUCACAUAGUGCUAAACACGUUUUACAUAACCAGCACUCCAAACAAUGCUGAUAAUGCGUAACUUCAGUCUAGCAUUUUCCCUAACAGUUUUUCUGACUCUGGCCAAGUAUUUAACACAUAUUCUCGGGCCUAUUCCUACGUUACACAAAGAUGCGUCAUAAGUUAUGUGAAGGUGCUAUAUUGUCCUUAGGUGUGAAUAUGAAUGGUUGUUUGUAUAGGGUAAAUAAAUUCUAAAUUCCAUUGUGUGAAUAAAAUAUUUACAAGGUUGAUUAAAACAAACUGCUUGUCGUAUUCCAUCUUUGGUCCAACACAUGACUGGAAUGGAAUGAGAAACGGAUGGAUUGGGGAGAAAAACAAUUCUAAAGCGCAUGUGCUUCGCAAAUUCAAGAGCCCUUCAAGCAUCAUUGAGUGCUUUCAUGUGUACUCUUUCAUUUUCUGAUUGUUUAACAUGCACGACUUGUUAUGAGUUGUUUUACAGGUAAGCCUUGGAUUUUCUCGACCAUGGCGACAAAACACGGGAAGCACUGGAGGUCCAUGUGCAAGCGUUUCAUCCUUGGUGUCCUGCUGACCAGCUGCAUUGUCCUCCUUUACUGCCUUUCCAUGACCCAAGUUCCCUUGAGCACACCUGAAAUUCCAGUGCCUUACUCCUGUGCCCACCGUCCAUCCCGGCUGCCCAGCAGACGAAGCAGCAACAGCUCACACGAAAACCCAGGGAGGCUGUGCACCCCCAAAGUGGACAUCAUGUUCAUGAAGACCCACAAGUCGGCAAGCAGCACCUUCCUCAACAUCCUCUUCCGCUUUGGAGAGAAACAUCGACUGAAGUUUGCUUUUCCUGACAGCAGGAAUGACUUUUUCUAUCCCGCCUUUUUCCAGCGCUCCCACGUUAAAGACUACAAAUCCGGAAUGUGUUUUAAUAUCAUCUGUAAUCACAUGCGUUUCAACGCCGCCGAGGUAGCCAAGUUGCUUCCCCUUGAUACCGUCUACAUCACCAUUCUCAGAGACCCCGCAGAGCUUUUUGAGUCGUCCUUCCACUACUUUGGCCGGCUGGUGCCUUUCACCUGGAAGAUAGCGGGAGAUGACAAGCUGGCCGAGUUCCUCCGUAACCCCCACUACUACUUUGACCCGGAAGGCUUCAACGCGUUCUACCUCAGGAACCUGCUGUUCUUUGACUUGGGACAGGACAACACUCUCGAGCCGGACGAUCCGCGGGUUGACGAGGGAAUCAGGUCCAUCGCGGAGCGUUUUCAGCUGUUCAUGUUGGCGGAACAUUUUGAGGAAUCCCUCAUUCUGCUCAAGGAUGCUCUCUGUUGGGACAUGGAUGACCUCAUCUUCUUCAAGCUCAACGCCCGCAAGGGGUCAACUGUCUCCAAACUCACACCCAACCUGAGGGCCAAAGCCCUUGAGUGGAAUGCUCUUGACUGGAAACUGUACCAGCACAUGAACCGCACCUUCUGGAGGAAAGUGGAUGAUUACGGACGGCAGCGCAUGGCGGAGGAUGUGGCGGAGCUCAAAAGGAGGAACGCGGAGAUGGCAGCCACUUGCAUUGAAGGCGGACAUGCCGUCGAUGCUGGCAGCAUCCAGGAGAGCGUCAUGCAGCCGUGGCAGCCGGUGGGGGAGAAAUCCAUCAUGGGAUACAAUCUGAAGAAGAACAUUGACAAGGCCCACAUUAAGUUGUGCCGCAAGAUGUUGAUGCCAGAAAUUCAGUACUUGAGUGAGUUUGGGGUCAACCUGUGGAUCACCAAACUGUGGGGCCACAUUAGAGAUAUCAUUAACUGGUGACUGGUUACGAGGAAGUGGCGACAAAUACGGGUAAAUAAGUGACCAAUGGGGAGCAAAGGGAUUCCGAGUUCUGUGACAUUUCAAUCAGCUACUUAUUCUAAUGAAUGCAUGCUUGAUAGAAAUAUUUCACAAUACAGUAUAUAGGUACAGUACUGAACUAAGUUGUAUAUUCUCUGUUUAUUGAAGCGGUAAAAUAUUUAUUGGAUUAAACAGUACUUGUCCUUGAUCAUUUUCCAUCUUUGCCAACUUGUUGAAAGACGACCUGAUAAGAACAUACCAAUUCUCGAAGAGAAUUUUAAAAAACAAAUUCCUGAUGACGUAAAAAUUCAUGAAUUGAAAACAAGUUAGAUUGGAAAACAGAACGUUUCACUCGCCUCUGCCUUCAUACUGUGAAUGACCGUGUCAUUUUGUUGUAAAAGAGCUUUAAACACAAAAACAAUACAAUAUAAUAUACAUACAGUAUAGAA